AUGGCUUCUUUCACCGCUUCUCCUGCUUCCUUCUCCGCCAUUUCUUGCUCGUUGGAGCGUAAUCAGGUUCUGAAUUUGAGGAAGGCUUCACUGUCAUUUAGUGGGAAGGACUUCUCAUCUCGUAGAGCGCCUGCUCUUCGUUUCAGAGUUGCUUGUGCUGUUGAGAUUGUGAUGGGACUCGAAGAGGAGUUUGGGAUCUCUGUGGAGGAAGAAAGUGCCCAAAGCAUCACCACCGUUCAAGAUGCUGCGGAUCUCAUCGAGAAGCUGUUGGAGAAGUGUUAG